AUGUCAGCUUCACAACAACAACAACAGCCACCUGACUGGUCAUUUCAAGUGACAGAGAACCUCAUCAAUCGUGCAAGUGCGAGUCCAUUUGGACAUGCUUCAUCACCACCACCGCCACAACCACCACCACCUGCAGCUGCACAACAACAACAGCAACAACAACAAGAUACCAAUCGCACUCCACCUUUGAUUUCACCCUUACCAUCCAAUGCAGUAGUCAUCACCCCCACCGACCAAGAUUCUUCAUUUCAGCGUUAUGUAGAACAUGAGUAUGGACCAGCACUUCAUAAUCGAUUAUCUGAUCAAAGCAUGAAUAACAACAAGGGGUCAACAGCAGCUUAUUCAACCGUGAAAAGCAAGCCAUCUUCUGAUAAUACGACAUUGAGGAUGGAUGACGUGCCUAGUUUUUGGACAGCCCUUGCCAAGGAUGGAGAUGCCACAAAGAAAAAGCAAGAUCAGCAAGAAAAAGGGAUGUUACCGUAUCAUUAUGAGACUUGGGGCUAUGAAUACAAUGCAACACCACCUUGGUGGGUCAGUCGAUUUGAUGAAGAUGGAUUACUAUCAGCUGGUGCUUUGCUAUUUCUUUUCGGCUUUAUCUUCCCUCCAUUAUGGUGGAUUGGUUCCUUUUGGCCACGAAGACCACGUGAACAUGGCGGCAAGAUGGCCGAACGAUGGCAAAGGUUGAAUCGUAUCAUGUCAAUAGGAUUUAGUAUUCUCGUGGUAUUAGCCAUUAUUAUUUGUGUUGCUGUUUGGAAGAGUUAA